GAAGCCUCGCUGUGGCAAGUUGAGAAGCUUGGGGAAGAGGUGUCCUCCUUCCCGCCAAACGCUCUGAGCUUCUAGGCUGGGCCUGCUCAGGACUGACUUCUUUAGUACUUAGAGUCUGAGAAAAAUGGCAAAUAUGGAUAGUGAUUCUAGGCAUCUUCUCACCCCUGAGGGAGAUCAUGAAGUAAAUCCUGGACCUAUGAAUAUCCAGUUUGAUUCAUCAGAUAUAAGAUCUAAAAGGCCCUUCUAUAUAGAGCCCACAAACAUCGUCAAUGUGAAUGAUGUCAUUCAGAGGGUUAGCGACCAUGCCUCUGCCAUGAACAAGAGGAUUCAUUACUACAGCCGGCUCACCGCUCCUGCAGACAGGGCACUGAUUGCCCCAGAUCAUGUAGUUCCAGCUCCAGAAGAGUGCUAUGUCUAUAGCCCAUUGGGUUCUGCUUAUAAACUUCAAUGUUACACUGAAGGAUAUGGUAAAAACACCAGUUUAGUAACCAUUUUUAUGAUUUGGAAUACCAUGCUGGGAACAUCUAUACUAAGUAUUCCUUGGGGCAUAAAACAGGCUGGGUUUACUACUGGAAUGUGUGUCAUCAUGCUGAUGGGCCUUCUAACACUUUAUUGCUGCUACAGAGUAGUGAAAUCAAGAUCUAUGAUAUCAUCAGUGGAUACCACUACCUGGGAAUAUCCAGAUGUCUGCAGAUAUUAUUUUGGCUCCUUUGGGCAGUGGUCAAGUCUUCUUUUCUCCUUGGUAUCUCUCAUUGGAGCAAUGAUAGUGUAUUGGGUGCUUAUGUCUAAUUUUCUUUUUAAUACUGGAAAAUUUAUUUUUAAUUUUAUUCAUCACAUUAAUGACACAGACUCUAUACCGACUACCAACAAUAGCGACCCUGUGAUUUGUCCGAGUGCCAGAAGCAGUGGCCAUCCUGACAACAGCUCUAUGAUUUUCUACGCCAGUGACUCAGAACUCCAACAGUUUGAAAAGUGGUGGAAUAAGUCCAAGACAGUGCCCUUUUACCUCAUAGGGCUCCUUCUGCCACUGCUUAAUUUCAAAUCUCCUUCAUUUUUUUCAAAAUUUAACAUCCUAGGCACAGUGUCCGUUCUCUACUUGAUUUUUCUUGUCACUUGGAAGGCUAUUCGCUUGGGAUUUCAUUUGGAGUUUCAUUGGUUUACACCAACAGAAUUUUUUGUCCCAGAGAUAAGAUUUCAGUUUCCACAACUGACUGGGGUGCUUACCCUUGCUUUCUUUAUUCAUAAUUGUAUUAUCACACUCUUGAAGAACAAUAAGAACCAAGAAAAUAAUGUGAGGGACUUGUCCAUUGCUUAUAUGCUGGUGACAUUAACUUAUCUCUACAUUGGAGUCUUGGUUUUUGCUUCAUUUCCUUCACCACCAUUAUCCAAAGAUUGUAUAGAGCAGAAUUUUUUAGACAACUUCCCUAGCAGUGACAUCCUGUCCUUCAUUGCAAGAAUAUUCCUGCUGUUCCAGAUGAUGACUGUGUAUCCACUCCUAGGCUACUUGGCUCGCGUCCAGCUAUUGGGUCAUGUCUUCGGUGACAUUUAUCCUAGCAUUUUCCACGUGUUGAUUUUUAAUCUGUUUAUUGUGGGAGCUGGAGUGAUCAUGGCCUGUUUCUACCCAAACAUAGGAGGAAUCAUAAGGUAUUCAGGAGCAGCAUGUGGCCUGGCCUUUGUAUUCAUAUAUCCAUCUCUGAUCUAUAUAAUUUCCCUCUACCAAGAAGAGCGUCUCACGUGGCCUAAAUUAAUCUUACACGUUUUCAUCAUUAUUUUGGGCCUGGCUAACCUGAUUGUUCAGUUUUUUAUGUGAAAUAGUCAACUGCCUUCUCAAGAUCUUUCAUGGUAUUUUGAACUUUGACAACGGUUCCACAUAAAUUCACUUGUAAACACUGUUCUUGCCAUGGCUAUAAAUGUUUUCCUAAGGUCAUUUGAUAACAAGGAAAUAAGGGUCCAUUAGUCAGUAAUUAUUAUUAGAGUGGGGAAAUGGGCAGUAAGAGUGGUCUUAAUCUCCUUACCUUUCUCAUAUUCACUCAUCUCUUCAUUCUCACUGUCUUUUCCAAGUGGAAACGUAUGCCUCUAGGAAAAAUCAUGCUAGGUUUUACUUUUAGAGAUGUAAAGUGGGUAAGUUUAUUUUGGCUACAAUAAAGAUUCUCAGGGUGUCACAGCAACUGUAUUGCCAGAUCCCAUUUCUGUUUCAGUGAUUCAGUUUCAUUUUAUUACUUGCUAGAUCAUUUCUGCAUUUUGCCCAAACCUUUACUGUUUUGGACAGUAAACCAAAUACCUCAUUUUUAAAAAGUCUCCAUGACAUCAGUGUUAGUAGAGAGAAUUCUUAUGUGAGUCCUUAAUAUCUGUUUUUAAAACAGGAAAAAAAAAAUCUACAAUGUCAAUACAGACCCCGUGGUUGUGAAACUUUUACAAAAUAAAGGAACUAGGAGAGUUUGUUGCAGUCUGAC